UAAAGGUAAAGUGAGGGGCGUGAAAGUAAAACCGCGGCGCUCACUAACGAGGGUGUUGGCGGGUCAGGUGACAGAGGCGGCGUGUUAAUGGUGAGAGAGAGAGAGAGAGAGAGAGAGAGAGAGAGAGAGAGUCAGACAUGCAUACAGACAGACAGAGACAGACAGACAGACUCAUACAGACAGACAGAGACUGACGGACAGACUCAUACAGACAGACAUGGAGACACUAAUAGACUCUACCUACCUGUUAUUUUUACUGUUCUUAUAUUUGUCAACCUAUAUCAGAACCUGGAUUUUUGCCAUUUGUCGUUUUCUUAGUGUUAUUUGUCACUGCGUUUGUGGUGAAGACUCCUGAAAGUUAUUGUUGGUGUGGGGAAGAAGGCAGCGAGGGUGGGUGCAGAUGUUGAGUGCUGGUGUGUUGGGUGAUAAAGUGUUGGGUGUUGACUCUGUUGAGGUGUCAAGGUGUUAGUGUUGUGGCGGUGUGAUGCGGUGCUUGCGGUGCCUGGCCCGACGCGUGGCUACUGGGUGACGGGGCCAGCGGGAAGGUCUGCCUCCGCCCGGGGGCGAGGAGGAGGACCUGAGGGAGGAGGAAGAGGGUUGUAGGGAGGGGGGGAGGCAUUGAUGUGCUGGCGAGCGUGACGCAGCGCAGCAUCUUCCCGCUAAAGGCCAAUAUGGCGACAACGGUGCUGGAGUGUGUGUGUGUGUGUGUGUGUGUGUGUGUGUCGUGGCCGGCCCAGGUGGCGAGUGCAACGCAGCCACAUAUAGCGAGCGGUGAGCGCGUGGCGGCAGUGUGUGGUGCACCUGCUCGCCGGACGGAGUCACUGUCAUCGCCGCCGCCGCCGCCGUGGUGAUGGCGCUGCGCUCCGCCUGACGCCAGCCGCGCACCAUCUGUGACCACCGCGGUGGCGUCGCUUACCAAGGGCCUACGCGGCCUGCUGGCCGAACUGGACAUGUCGCUCAGUCAGGGAGUGCAGUCCACGCUGCCAAGGUCUCAGUCCGAGAUCGUCGUGGACUUCACGAGGCCGUCCCAGGACACUGAGGAUGAGAUGAGCCACGACUCCCUCAACGAGGCCGAGCUGCUGCGGCAGUCUCUCCCGCCGGCCUCCCGCACGCCCUGCAAGAAUGCUCUCUUCGUGGACUCUGACGCAGAGGAGGAGGCGCGGCCCGGUCCCAGCGGCGCCGCAGACCCGACGGGUGCCGAGGAGACUCAAAGCGAGGCGCGGGCCAGCUCUGAGGACUCGCUCGAGGACUCCCUCAAGGGCUCCUCCGGCAGACUCUCCGAAAGGAAACUGAGGAGCCUUUUCGGGGACCCGCCCGUCAAGCCGCCCUCGCCGGGAAACUUCUCCUUCAGGAGCACCCUCGGCCUGCUGCCCUCCUCGGGGAAGCGGCGGGGGCUGCGGCAGCAGGUUAUAGUUACCUUCGCCGUCUGCCUGGGGCCCCUUGCCUGUGGGUUCGCGCUGGCCUACAACCUCACGAAGAACCCCUCGGAGCUCCUCGGGCCGCACCUGGGACCAUGGAAGACCUACGUUUAUUUCCUAGGGUGUCUGAGCGGCGGGUUCUUCUCGGGCUUCCUGGCAAACUACGGGCGGAAGGUGGUGGUGCUGGUGACCAUGGUGCCGAUGGCGCUGUCCUGGCUCCUUGUCAUCUUUGCCACGCAGGUGUGGAUGGUGUUCCUGUUCCACGCCACGUCGGGGGUGUGCACGGGCCUGGUGGUGGUGGUGGUGCAGGUGUACGUGGCGGAGGUGUCUGUGCCCAGGGUGAGGGGGGCGCUUUCCUCCGCCCCCGUGUUGGCCUUCCAGGUGGGGUCGCUCUUGUGCUUUCUGCUGGGGGAGAUCCUUGUAUGGAGGAACUUGGCCAUCGUUGGGGUCUGCGUCGCAAUGCCGGUGUUCCUGACUGUGGUCCUGUGCGCGCCCGAGUCCCCGAGGUUCCUCAUCCACAAACACCCCAACGACGCCCUCAUGACGCUCCAGUGGCUGCGCGGUGCCCAGAGUGACAUCAUGGAGGAGUAUCACGACAUCUCCGACAGCUCUGACAUCGACCGCUGGGCCAUUCACUGCGAGGAUCUUCUGCGGCCUACGUUCUGGCGGCCGCUUUUGUUGUCCUGCGGCCUCAUGUUCCUGUACAGUAUGACGGGCGUGUCGUCUUUUACCCUCUACGCCAUGGAGCUCUUCGCUGAGGUCUCCAGCGUGUACGUCAACGUGGCGUACUUCGUGGUAACGGUUGUGCUGCUCAUCGCCAUCACGCUCUCUGCUCUCCUCGUAGACCACAUUGGCAGGAAGCUCCUCCUCCUUCUCUCCCUCACCAUCAUGGCCGCCUCGUCCUUCGUGCUGGGCCUCUUUCUCUUCCUCAAGGACGUGCACCGCGUCGACAACUACUUCGUGUACCAGUGGGUGGCGGAGGUGUUCUGCGUCGUGCUCUUCACCUUCGCGUACGGGAGUGGGUUGGCGCCCAUCGCUUGGGUCACGCUCGGGGAGAUUUUCAGUCCGCAAUACAAGUGGCUAGGCGUCUCAAUGGCCUCGAUGGUGCUCUGGUCCUCCAUGCUGGCCGUCGAUGUGCUCUUUCACAGGCUUCGUCUCGCCGUGGCCACCGGAGGCAUCUUCUGGCUUCACUGCGUUGUCUGCGUCGCUGGCUACAUCUUCGUGCUGGUGUGUUUCCGCGAGCUGAAGGAGCAACGCAUUGACAGCAUCACCAAGUCGUUCGUCAAGAAGCACGACAGCCUCAUCGAGACCUUCAUAGCGCGAGUCUGAAGGGGUCUGAAUGGUUCGAUUCCCCUUGACUUCGACUUUCAAGGGUCGAGUCGUGUGCACCCUUCAUGAGAUUGCAGUGUGUGUGUGUGUGUGUGUGUGUGUGUGUGUGCUUGAAGGGUGUCAGUAAAAGUCUAAUAUGAAGGUUAUUGCCCUGAACUUCUUGUAUCUUGUUUAAUACUUUUUUUAUUUAUUUACAAUCAUUCCCGCAGUGCAAAACAACCAUUCAUUGAAAUUUUUUCCGUCUGGCGUUCCUCAUAAUGAACUCAGCGAAGAUUUGUGCGAAAAACAACAAUAACAAUAGAGGUAAAGUUACAUAAACAAUCAUAUAGACAUGUAAGGAAAAAUUAUCUAUUUAAUUAUGUAAAUAGUGUAAAUAUUAAAAUGGGGUCUCAUAUUCGUAUUGCAAGAUCUCACGUUCUCAUAAGGCUAGAGGAUAUUCGUGUCUGGGUACGGCGCUUUGACCCUCGCGUGACCUUGCUCCCAAGAUUAUUGCGUCAAGCAGAGCGGAAUGCGUUAAUGUAAAGUGAGGAAGUAAAUUUACAUGUUGACUUCACUACCAUGAAAACGGAUCCUGCCUGCCUCAGCUACAACAUGAUACGCAUAAUGCAUUAGUAUUAAGAUGACCUGCUAAAGUAACCCAACUGUUAGCAAGAGCCUUAUACUUACUGACAAAGCGUAAUACUCUUCUUGCCAGGUAAUGCUUUUUUUUUUGUAAUGUUAUGUAAUUUUUUAGUCACCUUCCAAACAAAUCACAACAAAGGACUGACUUGAAGCAAACCUUACUGAUGGAGCGAUAUUCCCUUCUUGCCAGGUAGUGUUAGUGUCACCUGACAUUCAAAUCACAAGCAAAGGACUGACUGAGAGCAAAACGGAGGUAGGAGGAAAGGAUAUAUAAAGUCACCCGGUUGCCUCUUCGAAAACGUUAAAGGAACAGCUAAAACGACGGAUGAGUAGAGUUAGAUUGUCUUUUUUUUCACAGCUAAAGAAAACGCUCAAGGGCAACAAAAAAAAGGCGUAAAAAGAAUUAGCCCGCUAAUCGCUGUUCCUACAGAGACAAAAGUUAUGAGCGGUCAAAAGAGAGGUCAGUUUCGGGAGGAGAGGUGUCUUGAUAAAUGAGAAUAAAAGAGUUGAGCUUCAACGGAUGUAGGAGAAAAGAAAAAAAAAGUCAGCCGGUUGCCCUGUCGAUAACGUUACAGGAACAGCUACAACGAUUAAUGAUUAGAGUUAGAUUUCCUUAGAAGUUAAACGGACGUAGGAGAAAAGGAAGGAAAAAGUCACCCUGUUGCAUUUUCAAAAAACAGGUUCAUAUGUAACAAUCUAACGUCUAAUAGGGACUGACAGUGUAAUUUAACGUCUAAAUGGACUAACAGUGUAAUUAUCUAACGUUUUAAUGAGGUCUGACAGUGUAAUUUAACGUCAAACAAAGGACUGACAGUGCAAUAACCUAAAGUCAAGCUAGAGAUCACAUUUUCGGAGCAUAGUCGGAGCUGAAGUCUGUUAGUAAGGCAAAGUUAGGAGCUGCGCGUGGCCUCGGUGCUCAUCUCCGUCACUUGCAUCCAAUCCAUCCCGAUCAUUCCUCCGCUUCUGUGCUCUUUAGGCGAAUCCAUCAGGAGCACAACGCCGGUCUCUUUUAAGUCUGUUGGUCUGUAGCCAUAAAAGGUAAUUAUGUUUAUGACCGCACUGACAUAAUGGGAAGGCAUUUUUCAGGGGCCACUAAUGAAUUCUGCUUCCGUGUGUGUGUGUGUGUGUGUGUGUGUGUGUGUGUGUGUGUGUGUGUGUGUGUGUGUGUGUGUGUGUGUGUGUGUGUGUGUGUGUGUGUGUGUGUGUGUGUGUGUGUGUGUGUGUAAAAGGAAGCCCCGUUGCAUUAUUUACAGUGCGAGGGAAUUAUUAGUUGCCAGGAAAUGGGAAACCUUGCUGUUGUUGUUAUUAUUAUCAUUAUUAUCAUCCUCAUCAUUAUUAUUAUUGUUAUUAUUGUUAUUCUUAUUGUUAUCGUUGUUAAGUUAUUAGUAUUUAUAAGUUCUGUUUGAAUUCUUUGUUGUAUUAAAACUGACAUCGAA